GCUGAAGAACUAGAACGUUUCUUUCAAACAAUGUCGAAAGAAAACAUUGUCAAGGAUAUGGUUGAGACGAUGGAAAAGGACACACUUCGAAACACCGAUAAUAUGGUGGACAACUUUGUCCCAGAUAACGAGGGAGCGACCAAAGAUCCUACUCCCGAUAACGAGAAAGUGAUCAAUGAUCAUGUCCCGGAUAGCGAGGGCGAGAUCAAAGCCUCUGCUGUCCUAGAUAACAAGGAAGAGAUCAACGACUCUGCUGUCUUGGAUAAAGAGAAAGACAUCAAAAACUCUGCUGUCCUGGAUAACGAGCGAGAGAUCAAAGACUCUGCUGUCUUUGAUAACGAGGGAGAGACCAAAGCCUCUGCUGUCCUGGAUAACGAGGGAGAGAUCAAAGACUCUGCUGUCCUGGAUAACGAGGGAGAGAUCAAAGACUCUGCUGUCCUGGAUAACGAGGGAGAGAUCAAAGACUCUGCUGUCCUGGAUAACGAGGGAGAGAUCAAAGACUUUGCUGUCCUGGAUAACGAGGGAGAGAUUAAAUACUCCGCUGUCCUGGAUAACGAGGGAGAGAUUAAAUACUUCGCUGUCCUGGAUAACGAGGAAGAGAUCAAAGACUCUACUGUCCUGGAUAACGAGGGAGAGAUCAAAGACUCUGCUGUCUUUGAUAACGAGGGAGAGAUCAAAGCCUCUCCUGUCCUGGAUAACGAGGGAGAGAUCAAAGACUUUGCUGUCCUGGAUACCGAGGGAGACAUUAAAUACUCCGCUGUCCUGGAUAACGAGGGAGAGAUUAAAUACUUCGCUGUCCUGGAUAACGAGGAAGAGAUCAAAGACUCUACUGUCCUGGAUAACGAGGGAGAGAUCAAAGACUCUGCUGUCUUUGAUAACGAGGGAGAGAUCAAAGCCUCUCUUGUCCUGGAUAACGAGGGAGAGAUCAAAGACUUUGCUGUCCUGGAUACCGAGGGAGACAUUAAAUACUCCGCUGUCCUGGAUAACGAGGGAGAGAUUAAAUACUCCGCUGUCUUGGAUAACGAGGGAGAGAUCAAAGAUCCUGAUCACUAUAACGGGGGAGCGACCAAAGCCUCCGAUGAUGACGUUGCAAAGGUCGCACCUUUGGUCGUUAAUGAGGGUUUUACUAAAACCUCUAAGCCUGAAGAGGAGGCCAAGAACAAGCAAGACGAUGCGGCUGUGGUUGCUUCCCUCAAAGCUGAAAUUUCCCGACAAGAGGACAAUUAUGCCCAGCUUACCCGAGCAAACAAAGAGCUGAAGAUGAACGUCUUGCGGUGGGAGAACGAUAUCGAGAAUGUUGUUAACACUUCGGGUUUCCGAGAACAGACAGUCGAAUUAUCUAUGAUCACCUUCCAAGAUCUCAACAAUGAGCUGUUUCAUAAUAACCUCUGGCAGAUUCGCGAGAAUCAAAUCGCCAAGAAAAAGAUCAAGGAGCUUGAAGAUCUCCAGGCUGAAAAUGCCAGAAAGAUCGCCGAGCUCACCGAGGCAACAACCAAGCUCGCGGAUGCAAACGCGAGGCUGAUCGAAACUGGGCUCGCGAAACAAGAAGAAAUUGAGAUGCUGCGCGAAAAGCUCAAAGAAGCAACCAAGAAAAAGCCAAGCCGAUGGCAGAGAUUCAAGGCUCGCGUUCGCUCCUUCUUCGUAUAGAUACCCGCGCCCUCCACUCUCCUUUUUCAAAAUAGCACGAUACAGUACUAAAACAAACAUUUGAAAAUACUAAUACCCAUCUUGACCGAAAAUUCGAUAAGUUAAGUCAGUUUCGAAUACUUUUAUAUCUUUGUAACACUUUGGCCGAGGAAUUGGCUACAGCUUGGUAGCUUCUGAAAUCCAAGCGAUUUUUUUCCCACUUUCAUAUCACUCUAAGCGUCCGGACGGGCGAAAGUUUGGUGUCUUUGUAAAUCCUGUGAAAAUUCAAACGAUUUUGACUGUGAUUUCUUUUUUUCUUGUCAUGAUAAUUUUAAUCGGAUCUCAACACUACAAAGUUCGAUAUUCAAGACCUGAACGACUUUUUCCGCGAAAACUUUGAAUCAAUUGAUCAGGGAGUAUUUAUUUUAAAUUAAUUUAGUACUGUAUCGUGCAAAGCUAGUCUGGAUAAGUAAUAACUGUAAAUAAUUCCAUAUAAUUUCAUAUGCGUGGUGCGAGUAAAUGAUUCAAUAGGUCGGAUUGAAUCUAACAAACAUCCUUAGUGCUUUUAUAAAAAAGAAAGCACUGUGUUUUUAUCAUUGUGAAUAAAAAUGGCAGAAAUCCUU